UGUGUAUUUGGAGGGACAUAACUUAACAGCCAGCGACCUAUAGAUAAACUCUCUUCGUUCCUCUUUUCUCGCUUUCUUACCUGCAGAUGAAAAAUGUACAGCCGUGCUGUGAAAUACCUGAAUUGAGUUUAAGGAGAAGUGGUAUGGGAAAAUAUUGGGUUGUGAAGUCACACAUUUGUCAUGGAUUAAAAUUGUUUGAAAAAAAAGUUUGCUGUGGAAGUUUUACAAAGCUGUUACUAAAAAUUGAUAAUUAUUAUUAAAGGUCAGUGAUGUUGAGGAUUAAACCGUUGUAACAGCGUUGAAGUUUAUAUUAACAGUGUGGAAUAAAGUAGUAGUUGGUUAUACAUUAACAUUUAACAUGAUGUGUAGUAUAUUCAAUAUAUUGAAUGAAGGUGUAUAUGGUGUAUUGGUGUUUAUUUCAUAAAAAUUGUUCUGGAAUAAUUUGAUUUUUUAUAUCAGAAGUAACUGUAAAAGCUGUAUUAGAGAAAAUUAAUACUCUGUGCAAAAAGGAAAAAAAAACAUCAAGGAUUAAUCAUGCUUGGCGAGAUGUUGUAGGAUUGGCCUACAGAAACUGAUUUCUUCAAAAGAGAAUGGUGAGCAGAGAUUCCGAGUCACAUAGUAAGCAAGUGUCUGUGCAGAUUCUCCAUAUACCGUGGUGUUGAAAUGACUGCUUUCACUAUUAAAAGAUAAAAAUCAAUCGGAGUAUCAGCUGUAAGAAAUAUCUGCUUGGCUAGAUUGGUCAACAUCCUAUGUCAUGGCUGCAUCUAAAACAUACUACGCUAGACCUGUGUACAUGGCGAACAAAGGCGAUCAGUUGAACUCCAGGUCAUCCGAAUUAAUGAACACGAGUAAAUCAAGACCGAGGACUGUUCAUUUCACAAGUCUUGAAGACACAGACCCCCCUCCUCGGCCCCCACCCCCUCGACCAACCCCAAGUGGAGCCCCAAAAGGGAAUAUGACAGGAAGUAAGAUUCAGGCUAUUAAACGUCAGUUGCCAAUGGCACCAAAUCCCAGUCCUCAAAGUACCUCAGAACCUAAACCAUUGACCCGAAUUAAUGUCACAAGUCAUGACCAACUCUGGCAGAAAGAUACCGGUGAGGAAAAUGGGAGCAGGUCCAACGGGCUUUCGCUGCCAUUGAAUCAUAUAACUAAGGAGUCCACAGAAGAAAUGAUUCGAAAUUUUGACCUAGAGACAAUGAGUGAUCAUAGCGAUGCCUCUGCAGAUACCAUGAUUAUGAUGACCACAGAAGAGGAGUUGAAAAAUCAGGAAAAAAUCAAUCAUAGUCUCAAGCAAUAUGCUUCAAAAAGGUUCCAACAAGAACCAUCACUUGAAACCCUUAAAUCAAAUACUAAUACUCACUCCAAAAAAAAGAAUAUGCGUAUAACAUUCGCAGACAUGAACGGUAAAGAUGUUGAUUGGCAAUGUGUGCCAAAUGGAAUAGCAGAGGAUGCUGGUCAGGGAAAUAAAAUCUCUCCCUUGCACAUAACAACUGAUCCUUAUUCAAACAGGGAGUAUAGAGAAGACAGGGUGUCUUCUGAACCAAACACCACCGACUCCAGCGCAAGUGUUUCCCCAGACGAUGGAUAUGGAACUUUCUCGAGCACAGGGACAGUUUCUUCACCUUUUUCUUCGAGCUGUGGUUCAAAUGAUUUCGAGAACUUUGACAAUGGUGGAUUAAAGAAGUGUUUUUUACCCAAUGGUGCAAUAAAGCCUAAUUCUGUUCGUGAAAGUUGGGCUGUUAGACGUAAACAACGCAUGAUUGAAGCUCAGGACAAUUCCGUACAAGAACAGUUGAGAUCACUGACAAUUAUAGAGGAAGAACAGAUGGUAAAUCAGAACAGUAAUAAGAAUUUAAAAUCGUCUCAUUUUGGAACUAUAAAAAACAGUGAAUGGAAAACGGGUUUAAAAGGAAGCAUAGCGUUUGACAAUAAAGAUGAGGAAUCGCAGUUUGUAAAUGUUUCACGGAGUGAUCUUCAUAGAGUGAACCAAAAGCUGUAUGUGGUUUCCAAUGACAACGAGACCCAUAAUGGUGGGAGCAGUCGACAAGAGAGGGUCUUGCCUCGGACACCCACAUUGCAAGAUCCACCGUUUAAUCCGACUGUGCCCAUGCAUGCCUCACAGUUCCCUGCUGAUCAUGUAACUUAUGCGGUACCGGUUCGCCGCAGAUCAACAAAGGGUGAGGUUGUUUCUGAUGAUGUAAGAAACACUUAUGCAAGUGUAAGGAGACCUGGCAUUGAGGAGACGGAACCUAAACGUAUGAAUGACUUUUUACACCAAGUCCCACCUGUUGAGCGGCAGACGUAUGCUUGGGAACAAGAUAGUGAGGCUGGUACAGACAAUAUGGGACCCAUUUACAGGCGAGCUGUAGUGGAACCAAAUGCGUGCAUGCCAAUUGGAAGUGGAAAUAUUUAUCAAAGUGCUAAUGGCGAUGAGGGAUUUUAUUCUUUGAACCGAAGCAGUAGAAGUACAAGUGUGUCAAGUUUUCUGCCAGUGAAUGAGCCUAGUGCAACACCUCGCUUAGGGGCAGUACAGAGUGAUGGACCAAGGUCCCCCCUUGAAGCUUUGAGUGGUGAAAUGCUCGAAAAAUUCAGUGAAAUGGACAUGAAUUAUCGAAACUUUAACGGUUUUGAUGACAAGAAUGAGAUUUUUUGUAGGACUGAUUCUAAAGUGAACUAUUUUCAGGCUAAACAAAUCAACAGAAUGUACCGUGAUGAGAAUAAUCCGCAAACUCAGGAAUUCGGGUCCGCUCGCCCCUUGCAGCAAACAUGUGUUCAAAGUGAGACAAUGGCCAGACAAACAUCAACCCGUCAGGCAUCAAAAAGUGAUUCAAAACAUGAAACAUCAAAAUCAUCCUCAUCUUCAAAACAGGAGGAGGGAAGAAAUGCUAAACAUGAGAAAGAAAUGGACAACAAUUCUAAAGGAAGUAAAUUAUUUCAAAUUUUGCCGAAUAUGUUCAAGCCCUCGAACAAAAAAUCAAACAAAGGAAUCAAAGAUAAAGACUCCAAGGAAUCUAAAGGUAAGAGAAAAUUACCAGUGCCUUUGUCUGUACCAGUGAAAGAAAUCAAUGAAGACAGGUCUGAAAUUGAUGAAAAUGAACAAGCAGAAUACAUAAACAUGAGUGACCUUCCUCAAUAUUCUCUUGCUAGUGUUGAAUAUGAGGAGAAACUUAGGAAAGGACAGUAUGUGUCCCUUGAGUCGUUAAAUAAGCGGCCAGUAUUUGCAAGCUCAAGGGACAUCCAGAAACUGUUUUCAACCCAUGACCAGUCGUUCGACUCCAUACAUUCGCAUGGCACUCAGAGACACAGCUUCCAUGCCAUGCCUCUAACGUAUCGGCAUCAUAUUGGCAGGAAUACGUCAGUUGAAAACAUGAGACCUAGAGCUGCAUCAGCCAGUGCUUCAACAAAAACAACCCAGCUACAGAACUCUGCUGAUAGCCACAUGGCUUUGAUUAAUCGAAAAAAUGCGGCGGUGAUGAUGAACGCUAAACAAGACAAUGUUUUCCAUUCACACGCUAUGGCAUCUGUGCCUCAUUCGAUGACUUUGAGUCAAAGAACUUCAGAAUCUAGGACACGAUUGGACAGUGGAAGUAGUGGUGGCGAUUCAAAGCUGUCCACACUUGUGUGAUAGUUUGGUGUUAGAAAGUGCUUGAAAAACAUUUGUCUUUGUGUUGUAACAGGGAUUAUAUAGUACAUUGGAAGGUACGGUGUUGUAAUAUCAUGGAUGUAAGAUUAAAGGUUUUUUGUCGUGAAACAAAGAAAGAAGGUUAAAGGAACACUCUAUUUAUAUCUUGGAUAGAAGGUUAAAAGUUUGGUCUAGUAAAAGCAUGGAUAGAAGAUAAAAGGUAUGGGGAUGUAAUUUUCUAGAUUGAAGGUUCAAUGUUAUAUCUUGGGUGGAAUGUUUAAGGUACACUGUAGUUUUAUCCCGAAUAUAUGGUUAAAGGUACACUGUAGUAUUAUCCCGGAUGUAUGGUUAAAGGUAUGAUGUGAAUAAACUGAGGCUAUUUAAUGGGAUUCUACCAACAAUUAUUUGUAUAAUUUUCACUGUCGUUGGUUUUCAUCUAUAUAUUUUAAUGUACAUGAUUACAGAUAGUUCUUGCUUUGUUGUUUGCCAAUAGUUUCAGCACACAAUAUCUUUUAAAUACUAAUUGUCAGAGAAAGUUUCUGCAAAUAUUGAAUAUUACCCAAACAUUAUUUUAGAUGAUUGAGCAUUGAGAUUUAAUUGACUGAACAAUAGGAACAAAAACAAAAUAAAAUAAAUUGCUGAAUCUUCAUGCAAUCCUUGCGAUUUUUUUAAGUAAUGGGUGAUCUAUAAUUGAGCUUUUCACUCAUGAGGUAAAACAUUAAUUGAUUAAAUUGUAAUUGUUACUUUGUUUUUUUACAGAAAUUAUGACAAUGCUCCAUGUCUGUUGUUCUGAUAAAAGUAGAAAUGUGAAGAUUAAAGCUUUUUUUUAACACAUUUCAACACAUUUUUACUUUUUGAAACUAAAGAUUUAAAAACAG